UGAGAGAUUCAAAGGGGGAAAUGGAAAUUUUAAGGAAUGUCUAAUCGAGGAUGCCAAGGGUAUGGUGAGCUUGUAUGAAGCCGCUCACUUGGGGACAACAGCAGAUUAUAUAUUGGACGAAGCUUUGAGCUUCACGACAAUAAAGUUAGAGUCAUUAGCUGAAACUGGAGCAAUUUCUUGUCAUAUCUCAACGCGUAUACGAAAUGCUCUUUGCAUGCCUCAGCAUUUUAAUGCCGAAAUGGUAUUCACAAGGGAAUACAUUUCAUUCUAUGAACAAGAAGAAUAUCACAACAAGAUGCUACUGAAAUUUGCUAAGCUCAAUUUCAAGUUCUUGCAGCUGAAUUGGAUUCAAGAACUGAAAACUUUCACCAAGUAUUUGCCGCUUAAUUUUAGCUAUAUAUCUUUUUUUGAGAAUAAUAACUAUACUAGCUAAAACAGUCAUUGUCGUUGUUCUACAGAUGGUGGAAGCAGUACGAUUUUGCAUCUAAACUCCCACCAUAUUUUAGGGAUAGGAUGCACGAGUGCUAUCUUUAUGGAUUAAUGAUAUAUUUCGAGCCCGAUACUCGCGAGGGAGAACUGCAGUUUUUAAAUUAAGCACGGUCUGGACCAUGAUUGACGACACAUGUGAUAGAUAUGGGUCUGUUUUGGAAGUUGCAGAUCUUGUUCAUUGCGUUGGAAGGUGGGCUCCAGAUUGCGCAGACAGUUUACCAGAAUAUAUGAAAACCGUUUUCAAGUUUGCUUGGAAUGUUUUCAAAGAGUGUGAAAGCGAGGGCAUAUCUGAAGAAGGCUUAUCAUUCAAUGUGCAAGGUUUACUUGAAGAGUUCAAGAUAUACUUAAGAGCCAACCUUUGCUUCGCGGAAUGGGCACACACAGACGUGGUGCCUACAUUUGAUGAAUACUUGGAGAUUGGAGGAGUCGAAGUCUCGAUGCAAGUAUCUAUAGCAGGCAGUUUGCUUGGGCUGGGAAAAACUGCUAGGGAAGAAGGUUAUAAGUGGUUAAAAUCCAGACCAAAAUACGUCGAGGCUCAGGCUAAAAGGGGUCGUCUGAUGAAUGACAUGCCCGGGUUCGAGGAUGAUAAGAGCAGAGGGUAUAACGCAAACGCCAUCAACUACUAUAUGAAGCAGUACGGGGUUACAGAAGAGGAAGCAUUUUCGGAGAUUCAGAACAUGGUUAGGGCCUUGGAUAAGAUUCUGAACGAGGAGUUCUUGAAAGAAUCAGCGACAGUUCCGCGCAAAAUCUUAAAACUUGCGGCUAAUUUUGGAAAAAUGGUAGUUUUUAGCUACAGAACAGGCGAAGAAUACACUAACCCAGACGGAAUAUUCAAAGAGCACAUCACCUCUUUGUUCGUCAAUCUUAUUCGCCUUUGAAAUAAGAAUUAGAAUAUUUGGUCUUCGUUUCAGUUGAAACAUCUAUGAACUUGGCAUCCAUGACAAUUUCCUGUUCUAUGAAUUGGCUAAUAAAGCUAGUAACGAGUUAUGGCACAAUA